UGCUUGCUGCUUGCUGCUGCUGUUACUGCCGCUGCUACUACACUUUUGCUGCCCUCUUGAACUUCUCCUCUCACACCAAGAGCCACCGUAGCUCCUAAUACUCUCCAUCCUUCUCCGUUCUUUCUCUGUUCAGCUCGAGCUGCGCAAAAGCUUCUAGCAUUGCAAACGCGCCCUCGGCGAUCAUCAAACGAAAAGAAGGGAAAAAAAAGACCACGCCCAAUUGACAGGAAACAGCCCUGCCACCACCCGUUCAUGAUUCGGUAGCGCGACCUUCAUCCGCCAUCACUGGCCGCCAGUUUGCGACGCGUUUUCCAGCCAGCCAGUCACUCGAUCGCCUCAGCUGCUCGACAGCAAUGUCAUACCCUCAGAUGACCCCGGUACGGCCGGUACCGGGUGCCUUCUUCAACACGCCCGCAGCUUCGCGCUUCGCUAGCGACAAUGAACCCGCCCGACGACGCCUGUUUGCCGAGAGCGAUGCAGCUCAGGGAAGCUCAACAUCCGGAGGCAGCGGCGCCUUGGUCGGAUCAUCCAACUUAGCUCCAGCCGCAGUCUCGUCGAGCACAACAGCUGGUGGUGGUCUGGUAUCGACUUCUUCGUCGCAACCCACCCAACAGAACCUCCCGCCCGUCACGAGAGCUGCCCAGGCGGUCAAUCAAUUCCUCCAAUCCGACGAGAACUACCCCGAACUGGAUUCCUACUGCAGGCCGGGAGCGUCGUCCGAAUAUGAUUUCAGCACGCUUGACUCGCCCUGGGCGCCCUUUCACAAAACCCAGAUGUACCCGAUCCCGAACCAGGUCUUCAGCCACUACAAUACUGGCCAGCUUCAGACACUGAUGGGCUUGUUCGCCGAGAUCAACCAUGCCUGGGUGGUCAUCGACAACUCGCUCUUCCUUUGGGACUACACCCACCCUGACCCCGAGCUCAUCGGGUUUGAAGACCAACCGCAUACGAUUCACGCUGUUGCUCUUGUUGCUCCCAAGCCCGGCAUUUUUGUCAACACCAUCACUCAUAUUCUGGUCGUUGCAACAUCCUCCGAGAUGAUCUUGCUUGGCCUCUCCGCCGAGCCCACGCCGUCGGGAACGAAGACCGUCUCUCUAUACAGCACCAAGCUCAAUCUUCCCCUCCGAGGGACCGACGUCAGAGUCAUUGCUGGUACUGCCGAUGGCCGCAUUUUCUUUGGAGGGAGCAAUGAUACCGAUAUUCACGAGCUCUAUUAUCAGCAGGAGGAGAAGUGGUUCUCCAACCGGUGCGGGAAGAUCAACCAUACCAACCCCGGAUGGUCCUCGGUUGUCACCCUUCAAAGCGGCUUUUGGGCACCCAAGUCUCCGGAAGGCCUCCAGAGCAUCGUCAUUGACGACUCGCGGAAGCUCGUCUACACUCUGUCGACUCGAUCUACGAUUCGCACGUACCACAUGGAUGGGCCUAACAAGCUCACCAAGGUUAUCGAGAAGGAGAGAAAUGCCUGCCUCCGCGACAUCACCCACAUGAUUACCCAGUCUCCUUUGCUCAACGACCGGACGACAUUUGUUUCCAUCAGCGCCAUUCCCUCCCGGGAGGCAUCGAAGCUCCAUCUCAUGGCCCUUACCAACACCGGCUGUCGACUCUUCCUCAGUGCCACAAGCUCCGCCUCGUACAUGAUCGGUGGCGUCUCUUCCAACACGCCCCCUCAAAGCAUGCAGGUCCAGUUCAUCAAGUUUCCUCCUUCCGACAAGCCCGGACGAUCCGGUACCAAUAGCGCCGGUGACGCCGUUAUCGAUCUGGGUUCAAGGGCGUUGGAGUUGAGCAGGUUGGGAGCUAGGUUUGCGCCGGGUUACUUCCUCGACUUCGUUGUAAAGGAGAAUGAUCCCAACAUCGAUCUCCUCUUCGUUUCCGCCCCCGAGACUGGUCGCAUCAAGGCAAACUCGUCCUCGUCGGCGCUCAAGUACUACGAGCACGGAAACUGGAUCGAUAUCGGAAGUAGAGCCGAAGAUGUUGGUCUGGUGACGAAGCCAUUUGCUGCCGCCAAGCAGCCCGUCGGCUUCGGAAACGAGCUCGCGGUCCAGUUCGAUGAACCCAGCACCGAGUUUGCCGUCCUCACCAACACCGGUGUUCACAUCAUCCGUCGCCGCCGACUGGUGGACACCUUUGCUGCUGCCAUCCGAGGUGCGGUCGGCGACGAAGGUUUGGAGAUGGAAACCAGAAAGUUUAUCUCGCGCUACGGCCGCGUCGAGACUAUCUCGUGCGCCCUGGCAGUUGCUUGUGGACACGGCGGGGAUGCCAGACCUGGCGCGACACGUGCGAUCGACCAAGCGACAGAAGACCGCGCGCGGACUGUGUUUGUCGAUUUCGGCGGGCAGCCCACCAUCACCGAAGCCGAUGGGACGCCUCUUAACACAACAUCUGUCCGCUUGUCUCCACGACACGACGCUCUCUGUGUGUACCUCACUCGCCUCAUUCGUACGCUGUGGAAAAACCAUGUCGUUUCUGCUGCUCCAAGCCCGGCUGGUGGCAUCGCAAUCCAGUCCAUGGUCCCUGUUGCCAGGCUUCACUCCGUUCAGGAGCAGCUGGAGCGUCUUCGCAGAUUUCUUGACGCCAACAAGAGCUUCAUCCAGGGUCUCUCUGGUCCCUCCGACCUACAGAGAGUGGCCAGCAAGCAAGAAGAGGUUGCUCUCCAGGCCGAGCACCAGGCGCUUCAUGCGCUGCAGAAGUUGAUGGAGAGCAUCUCGGAAGGUAUCUCUUUCGUCCUCAUGCUUUUCGACGAGCGAGUGAGCGACAUCUUUACAAGACUCGACGCAACGGCCCAACAGGGGCUGAGGAACCUCACAUACGAAAGCCUUUUUUCCCAAGCUCCCGGAAGGGACUUGGCCAAGCUCCUUGUCAAGUCCAUUGUCAACCGCAACAUUGAGAGCGGCUCCAACGUUGAGACCGUGGCAGACGCACUGCGCAGACGCUGCGGCAGCUUCUGUAGCCCCGAUGACGUUGUCAUUUUCAAGGCCCAGGAGCAGUUGAAGAGGGCUUCUGAGCAGCUGCUCAAUAGCAACCCUUCUCGCACCCUUUUGCACGAGAGCUUAAGACUUUUCGAGCGAGUUGCCGGCGCCCUCUCCUUUGCCAACCUUCAUAGUGCUGUGUCACAGUACAUCGAGCUCAAGUAUUAUGCAGGUGCCAUUCAGCUCUGCUUGACCGUAGCCCGCGAAAAGGACAGAGGGAACACCGCCCUUUCGUGGGUUCACGAUGGCAAGCCCGCUAAUGAUCCUCGGGCGAACGCUUUCUCCGAGCGCCGGAAAUGCUACGAACUCAUCCACGAAGCUCUGCAGCACUUGGACGCCGCAUCAAGCAGAGAGCCCGAGACUAUCGACGGCCGCCUGACGCUGAUCGGCACUAAGCGCCUUGAAGCCUACAGUGUGGUGAACGACUCAGAUGAUGAGGUCUUCCACUUCGACCUCUACGAGUGGUACAUCGAGCAGGGAUGGACAGACAGGAUCCUCGCUAUCGAAUCACCACACGUCAUCACAUACCUCCAAAGUUUGGCCAGAACAACAGUCGAACACGCGGAUCUUCUUUGCAGAUUCUAUACACAACGUGAGCGAUACUUCGAGGCCGCUCAGGUCCAAAACGACCUUGCCCAAUCCGACUUCGCCAUCGGCAUCAAGGAUAGAAUCACUCUCCUUAGUAAGGCGAAGGCCAAUGCCAAUGUUGCCACCGCUGGCGUCGGCAGACAGCAACAGCAAGUCCUUGCCCACGAGGUCAGUGAACUUCUCGAUAUCGCCAACAUCCAGGACGACCUCUUGGAGAGGCUCAAGGCCGACAGCCGUAUCGCUCCCGAAAGACAAGCCGAGAUCGAGGAGGCGCUCGACGGUCAGGUGAUAUCAUUAUCAGACUUGUUCAACCAAUAUGCGGAUCAAGCAAACUACUAUGAUUUGUGUCUCCUCAUCUACCACAGUGCCGACUACCGCAACCCGAACACAAUUGCCCAAACCUGGGUUAGCCUCAUCGAGCAGAUCCACCAGGAGGCGGUUGAUCGGAUGGAGGAGGCGGGACCUGGUAUUCCUGUUCUUCCCUCGCCAUACGAGUCUGUGUCGGUCAAGGUGCAGAAUAUUGCCCACCGUACGUCGUUGGACAGCUUCAUCUUCCCCGUCCCUGUCCUCCUGCCCGAAAUCUGCCGGUACGCCGUCGAGUACCACCAGGAUGCCGAGAUCGGCGCCGACCCUACCUGGCCUGUGCAGCUCUUCCUCAGCCUAGGCGUCUCUCACGACAUGGUCACCCGCGUCCUCGAGAGUGUGUUUGACACGCAAGAUUACGGCUUCAGCGGCAACAACCGCAACCGCGUCAUCGAGCUCAUUGUGUUUACCGUUGAUGUCUGGCAGCGCGAGGUGAAGCGCCGGGGUGGUACCUCGAUGAAGGGGGAUGGCGCCAUCGGUGUCUGGGUUAAGGAUCUGCUUAGCCGAUGCGACAACUCGCUACCUCCUGCUGGACACGGUUCGAACCCCGGUGGCAUGGACUUGGUGGAGGUGCGAAGACGUCUACGGACGGUUCGGAGAGACGUCGACGGCCUCGUUGAGAGGGGCCCAUCUGGAAGCUUGCGCUUCUUGUAAUAUCUGAAGUUUGAUUGUAUUGCAGGGGAUGAUCCGGGUGGUUAGGGCUUCUCACAAAAAAAAGACACGAGAGAUACACCUAGAGAAGACUGAUUUGGAAGACCGUGGUCUUGUUUGAAUUAGCCUCGGGGAGUGUACAAAGAGGACAAAAAAACGACACCUUGUAUUUGAUGGGGGAUGGGGGUUUUGACCGGGCGCGGCUAGGACCAGGCGAUGUAGGCUUAGGCUUUGGAUGGCCAGUUUGGUGAUUUUUUCUUCUUGACGAAGACGUUUCCCAGCGCCUAGGUGCGGGAUGUUGACAGCGAGCCGUCUUCGAGAGACUGUGUGACUGCUGUGAUGUGAUGUUAAUGGAGAUAAUCCCGCCACAAUGCGUGAAGUCAUGUACAAACUCUCCACCCUUGUCUGUCUCUGCGAAAUGCCAACACAAGCUUCGAGAGGAAAAUUUGUCUGUGUGAUGGAGUACGGCGCCCACGGAGUUAAUUGGGUUUGGCGACCAAGAUCCUUAACCUCGUUAAGUCUCCCGCUUCUCCCCACGCGAUGAGAGCAAUCAAUUGUGCCGGCUUAGAUUGACUCCUUUUUCCAAAGUCCUUCAUAAAAUUGUUUGGUUCUGGAGAUUUGAUAUUGAAAAUGAGAAAUGCAAGGUCGCGCAUGCCGUAUUCAAGGGAGGUUAUUGGCAGUCCUAUAGCAAGG